AUGCAGGUCGAGACCCUCAAGCUUUAUGAUCACAAGUGUCCCACACCAGCCUCAUCAUAUCACCUAUCAGAGACACUAUGUUCUAUGCCACACUUGACUUACUUGAGACUCUAUGGAGGGGAUUUACGUGAGGAGUUCUACUCUACAUGGAAAGCAAACGCAUCAUCCAUCAAGGUCGAGACCCUCAAGCUUGAUGAUCACAAGUGUCCCACACCAGCCUCAUCAUAUCACCUAUCAGAGACACUAUGUUCUAUGCCACACUUGACUUACUUGAGACUCUAUGAAGGGGAUUUACGUGAGGAGUUCUACUCUACAUGGAAAGCAAACGCAUCAUCCAUCAAGGUCGAGACACUCAAGCUUGAUGAUCACAAGUGUCCCACACCAGCCUCAUCACAUCACCUAUCAGAGGCACUGUGUUCUAUGCCAAACCUGACUGACUUGAGACUUGAUGGAGGAGAUUUAUGUGAGGAGUUCUACUCUACAUUGAAAGCAAAGGCAUCAUCCAUAAAGGUCCAGACUCUCAAGCUGACUAAUCACAAGUUUCGCACACCCUCGUCACAUCACCUAUUAGAGGCACUGUGUUCUAUGCCAAACUUGACUAACUUGAGACUCGAUGGAGGAGAUUUACGUGAGGAGUUUUACUCUACAUUGAAAGCAAAGGCAUCAUCCAUAAAGGUCCAGACUCUCAACCUGACUAAUCACCAGUGUCGCACACCAGCAUCGUCACAUCACCUAUCAGAGGCACUGUGUUCUAUGCCACACUUGACUGACUUGACACUCGAUGGAGGGGAUUUACGUGAGGAGUUCUACUCUACAUGGAAAGCAAACGCACCAUCCAUAAAGGUAUGUGUGUCAUAAUGUAACUUCAUGGAGACGGUCAUUGGUAGACAGAAAGAUCAGUAAUGGUUAUAUGCCAUGGUGACAUGUAUAUAAGUUGCAUUUUCCAAACAAUCUUUUUUUAAAGGCCAUUAACUUGUUAUAUUGGAAUAGCCAUGAAUAAUGAAAUGAAAGCACACUACACAUGUACUGAUUACUUUGAAAUUUAAGUGUGUAUAAGUUUGACAUCUUUUUCGAACAAUAAACAAUAUCCAACCUUUCCCUAGUUUGGUUGAUAUGAAAAAUAUUUCUUGGAUUGUUUUGAGGAGCCAAUUUCAAUGU